AUGUUUGCGCGAUGUUCGCGAGGGACGCCAAAGUGCUUCUCGCCUAACGCACCAUGCCAGCCGCAAUCGUCUCUCCUUCGUCCAUGUCCGCGCUUCAACUCAUCCCUCCCUGAGCGGACCCGCAAACUUCCCAAUGCACGAACAUCCAGCCCCAGCUCGAAGCUGCUCACCGACUGGCUGCUCAAUCGCUGGUUCCUCCUCGGAAUCGCCUCUGGGUUUCUCUUGAACGAGUACUUGAAGCGCCGCAGGGAUGACUCCUUCGUCACAUACACCUUAACGGCCAAGGAGCCCGUCUCCUCGACCGCAAGCAUCUUCCACUUUCACCUCCACCCGAAGCAGCACUCGCAAAAUUACGAGCUCUACAAGGAAGCAUGGAGACGGGCCAUCUGGAACGUGCAGUUCAAACAGCCCCAGCUGCAGAUCGUGAGGGCGUACACGCCUUUGCCGCCCGUGGAUGUGGACGAGAAGACCGGGCCGGGCCAAGAAAAAGAGACAGAGGCGGGAGAUUUGCGGUUCCUCAUCCGCCACGACCCGCACGGCGAGGUCUCCAGCUGGCUGCACAGACUGCCCUUGAAAACGGAGAUCGAGAUGAGGGGGCCGUACCUCGAGUAUGAGAUCGGCGAGGACGUGCGACAAGUUGUCUUCUUCGCGGGCGGGACGGGGAUUGCGCCCGCUUUACAGGUCGCGCAUGCUCUGUUUGGAGGAGACACUUCGGCACCGCGCAAAGACCGCAAGCUGCAUAUCCUCUGGGCGAACAGGAUGCGGCAGGACUGUCUCGGUGGCGUCAGCGACGAGCCGCCAGCAGAGUCGUUGCCUCCCAAAUCGACGUGGUCGGGCUUCUUCUCGGCGCCGAAGCCGAAACCGCCGCCGCCGCCGCCAUCGACAGAAAAGGGCCCAAUCGUGCGGGAACUCGAUGUACUCAAGCAGAGAUAUCCCGGCCAGGUCACCGUGGAAUAUUUUGUCAAUGCGGAGGAUACGUGGAUCGACGAAGACGCCGUCUUUCGCGCACUCUCUCGGUUCGAUGACAAGGACUUCUCCUCCGCGAACACGCCGACGUCGCGUGAACAGCGGCAAAUCUUGAUCUCGGGACCGCCUGGGUUUAUUGCACAUCUAGCAGGUCCAAAGGAGUGGAGGAACGGGCGGGAAGAGCAGGGCGCUGUCAGCAGGCUCGUGGCGCAUGCGCUGGCAAAGAACCCGCAUCACGUAAAGGUUUGGAAGAUCUAG